AUGGCUACUAUAACAAGCCCAGAUGAGUCUGCAGAGGUAAUGGCAGAAUUGGCUCUUUAUCGAUCUAAAGGAAAAUAUGAUUUAGAUGGUUUAGAUUUGUGUUGGUUAUAUCCAAGUAAACGAGAUGGAAGCGUUUACGAUCGAAUCGGAUUUAUUCAACUAUUAAAGGAAAUGAAACGGCAAUUUGAACCGUUUAAUUACACUCUUUCCGCGUUGUUAAGCGCGAGUUACGAUACAAUAGACACCGGUUAUGAUGUAAAAGAACUCACGAAAAUUGUCGAUUUCAUGAAUAUGAAUACUUAUGAUUUUAACGGGUUUUGGAGUGACGAUAUUCAACCCAACUCGCCUUUAUAUGGUGCUGAUAGAUGGAAUGUGGAUUAUGCAAUUUCUUACAUGAUUAAAUUAGGUGCAGAUCCUCAAAAAUUAAUUUUAGGGAUACCUCUUUAUGGAAGAGUUUUUAUUUCAACGAAUAACACAAACUCAUCAACCCUAAAUGAGCACCUAAAACUUGGAGACCUUUUUAAUGAAACCGAACGAGUUAGAAAAACAUUCCUCGGCCCAUACACCCAAGAUAUUUCCGGGGUAAUCAGUUACGGUGAAGUUAGUUACCAUUUAAAUAAAAAUUUCUUUUAA